UCUUGUGUUUUCUUAAGAGCGAAAAAGGGUUCCAAACAGGGCAUGCAUCCAUAGUUGGUAUGGCAGACAGCAGAUGAGAUCCCAGUGAAGUGCUGUGCAUUCGGAUCCUCUAGACCUGGGAUGUUUGGGGAAUCGCUCCUAAAGCUUGGCUGACACUUGUGGCGUGUUUCCCAAUGUGUUUGUUGUUUGGAGUCCAGAUGGUUAAAAUUGUCCAGAAAACAAGCUGCCAGAUCAGCUGUAGGGAUUGGGCUGGUGGAGGGAAUUCCAGUGAUUGGACUAAAAAGGGAAAUAACCCAAUAGAUUUCUCUUCGCCUCUCAUGAAGGCUACUUUUGGGGACUCCUUUUUCUCUGUGGCACUUGGUCUUGCCCUAGAUACUCAAGAAAGGACAAGUCUCCAUAUUAGAGCAAGGUGUUAGCAUCACUGGAGCCUAGAACUUUGUCCUCCCAGCUUACAACAGGUGUGCAGGCGAUUGGGGAUCAUAGAAGUUGAUUAUUUUGGACUGCAGUUUACGGGUAGUAAAGGAGAAAGUUUAUGGCUAAAUUUGAGAAACCGGAUCUCCCAGCAGAUGGAUGGCCUAGCGCCAUACAGGCUUAAACUGAGAGUCAAGUUCUUCGUGGAGCCGCAUCUCAUCUUACAGGAGCAGACCAGACAUAUCUUUUUCCUGCACAUCAAGGAGUCCCUCCUCGCAGGCCACCUCCAGUGUUCCCCGGAGCAGGCAGUGGAACUCAGUGCCCUCCUGGCCCAGACCAAGUUUGGGGACUACAACCAGAACACUGCCAAAUACAACUAUGAGGAACUGUGUGCCAAGGAGCUCUCCAGCGCUGCCUUGAACAGCAUCAUUGCAAAGCAUAAGGAGUUGGAGGGGACCAGCCAGGCCUCAGCUGAGUACCAAGUUCUGCAGCUCGUGUCAGCAAUGGAAAAUUACGGCAUCGAGUGGCAUGCCGUGAGGGACAGCGAAGGCCAAAAGCUCCUCAUUGGGGUUGGUCCUGAAGGAAUCUCCAUCUGUAGGGAUGACUUUAGCCCAAUUAAUAGGAUAGCUUACCCUGUGGUGCAGAUGGCCACCCAGUCAGGAAAGAACGUAUACUUGACUGUCACCAAGGAGUCCGGGAACAGCAUCGUACUCUUGUUUAAAAUGAUCAGCACCAGGGCGGCCAGCGGGCUCUACCGAGCAAUCACAGAAACACACGCUUUCUACAGGUGUGACACGGUGACCAGCGCCGUCAUGAUGCAAUAUAGUCGUGACUUAAAGGGCCACUUGGCUUCUCUCUUUCUGAAUGAAAACAUCAACCUCGGCAAGAAGUAUGUCUUCGAUAUUAAAAGAACAUCAAAGGAGGCGUAUGACCACGCCAGGAGGGCUCUGUAUAAUGCUGGUGUGCUGGACCUUGUCUCAAGGAGUGGCCAGAGCCCCCCCGGCUCCCCACUCAAGUCCUCUGGGAGCAGCAUGAACUGCAGAAGCUGCGAGGGCCUCAGCUGCCAGCAGACCCGGGCACUGCAGGAGAAGCUGCGCAAGCUGAAGGAAGCCAUGCUGUGCAUGGUGUGCUGUGAGGAGGAGAUCGACUCCACCUUCUGCCCUUGUGGCCAUACUGUGUGCUGCGAGAGCUGCGCAGCCCAGCUGCAGUCGUGCCCAGUCUGCAGGUCUCGCGUGGAACACGUCCAGCACGUCUAUCUGCCAACCCACACCAGCCUUCUCAAUCUGACUGUCAUCUAAUGUGUUUUGCAUCUGUCAGACGCGCCACAUUUCCAUGAACUGCACUAUUGUAAACUAUAAGAAUGAUAGUUUCGUGGAGAAAAUAAUUUCACUCCCAACACCCACCUGCCAUGCAACAUUUAAAACACAAAGGAAAAAGAAGACAAGAAUACAGCUACUCCUCACUGCAGAAACACAUCCACGCGUAGAACUAACAGGCCCACUGAGGGGACCGAGGAAGAGCUCUGGGGACACACAUUCCUUGGACUUUCUUUUUUUUAUGAUUAAAUAAAGGAACAGGUAAUCUUUGUCAGUUAAGUGGCAACAUAGCCAAAAAGUGGGUACCUUUUAGGAAAUGAUGUUGUAAGUCUCCAUAAUGUAUCCCGAGGUAAGUUUCCUACCUGCAGCAGAUUUUCUAAGUAGUUUUAGGCAUUUACUUGGUUCUUUUUGUACGGUCAUGGAGCACCGAACAUUUUUAAAAGGAAAAUUUUUCUUAAACACUUAUCGUUAUAAUGUCAUUUCUGUUUUUGUAACCUGUUGAAGAAUGAUUGGAACACAAACAUUUAAACACCAAUCCUGUGGUGGUAGCAUUCUCCUGUAAUCACAGCAUUUGGGAGGCUGAGGCAGAAGGAUGGAGAGUUCAGGCCAAAUUGGGCAAUUUAGCAAGAUCUUAUGUCCAAAAACCUGACUUUUAAAAGGUUGGCCAUGAUGUUGUCAGAUUUAAACCAGUCUGGCCAGGAGAAAGCAAGUGAUCUAGCAGAGAGGCUUCCCAUUCCUUUGCCCUCUCCUUGUGCCCCAUGCUUUUUGGUUAUGAAAAAAGUGAUUAAAAGUAGCAGCAGAGGGCUGGGGAUUUAGCUCAGUGGUUUCGGCGCCCACUGCGCAAGUGCAAGGACCCAAGUUCAAUCCCCAGUACCAAAAAAAUAAAAAUCAAACAAAAGUAGCAGUAGGCAGGCAUGUCUUGGGCUUUUUUGAGUUAGCAGAAUACUUUAAAAAAGGAGAGCGUUUUCCUUGGGAAGGGAGAACCAGCUCACAGAGGGUGGGGCCUCCGGAUGCCCACACAGCCGCUGUUCUUCAUGUCUCCGAAGCGCUCCGCACCACUGCCACCAUGGGUGUCCUGCUGCCAGACACAUCAGCCCUUUUACAGCCUUAUCAUAGGUUUCUAGGUAUUGCCUCCUUUUUAUGUGUGUGUUUUGGGGGUGUGUGUGUGUGUGUGUAAAUGCUUAAAUCUUCUUUGGUUUCCCCUUCUGUGUCUUUCAGAGGGGCUUUGGUUCUUUUGUCCCUGUAUUCUUAACUAUGUUUUCCACUUCUCCUUGGGCAUUUUGGAAGCUGGUCAGCUAGCAGGUUUUCUAGGAUUUCGGGAAGCCUGGAUGACCACAUCGGGUGCAAUACUAGCUAAGUAAAAGCUAGAAACCUACACUGUCACUUUACUGAGAUUUCUGAGUAUACUUUUCUUAUUGCCUUAAUGUAGCAGUAAUGUGUUAUGCAUUUGUUUCUUUGCACAGACCUUUUGUCAGAUAUUAAGAUAUUAUCUACUUUUUUAUGGCACAUAUUAGCAUAUAAGCCUUUAUUCCAAGAGGUAUUUAUUUUUUCACUUGUAAAAAAUAAUGUUUCCACAUAAAGAACUCUGUUAUAUCCUAGAGAACUUCUGUCUUUUAUAUUCAGGAUAAUAAAGACUUUAAAGCAAG